UUAUAGUACUCUGUCAUGGGAGAAUGCGGGGACCUGAAAACAGGAAUAUGGAGCACGAAAGAAACUAUAUGCUGUCAAACAGAUCUGCUUAAGAGGCCAGACACUCUUCACGCUUCGUCACCAGCUGCCCACCGGGUUUCCCUCCUCACUAUGAUCCGCCCCCCCGUCGCCUCCAUCGGACUCCUCCUCCUCCUGAUUGGCUACGCCGCAGCAGGUCCCGAGUCCGACAUGCGGCCUCGAGCAGUGCGUUCAAGUGCCUGUCAGGAGCACGCGAACCUUCACAAGCGCCUGGAUGUAGUGGAGAAGAAAGUGGAGGACACCGUGGACAAGCUGGAGGUUGAGCUCGCUGCUCUUCUAGAUGCCGUUGAAGCCCCAGAGUGGCGUCCCCUGUUGGACAAUGCAGGCAAGCCAGCUGUGGACAUCCUGGAAGACCCAGGGCAAAGGGGCAAGUCCUAAACUAACCAGACAUCCAUGGAGGAGGGACUCGAGAAGGCUCUUGAACUUGGACUUUGAAGGAUUAUAUCUUGUUGCAUGACUAAAUGCAAACAUUUUUUUUUAAAAUGGUGUGCAUACAUAAACUGUAUCAGUAUAUCAAAAUGAAACUGGGUUUUUUUUUUGUCUUUAAUGAGGAGGCAGUUCUUUGCACGAAGUCAAGCUUGUCUGCAUUAUUUACUCCUACUAAUCCUGUGACAGCCUCAUCUCGUCUCCGGUCUUAGAUUCAGUCCCAGAUUCUAACCCCCUGCAGUCAAUAGUGGUACAGUUCAUGUUUACAAUGCCAUUCAAACAGAUUAAUUCAGACACAGAUUUAAAAUUACUGGAAGGAGUUUUAUUUCUUUAUCAAAGCAGUUAAAGCAGCAUGUUUUAAACACACAGAGCAGUUUCGGUUGGAACAGUAACAAGGCUUUCACUGAUUCCCUGUAAAAAUCCUGCAGCAUAAGAACAUUAUGCAAAAUAGGAUCACAAGGAGGCAUAAAUCACAUUUUCUUCUUGAUUUGUUUUCUUAACAGGGCACUGAGUUUCAAACUGUAUCCGCAGAGUUAAGACAUCUACAGUGCGGUACGCCUGGAGAGCAUCCAUCAGGAAACAGAUGAGUAGGAGACAUGCUGCUGCUGGUCAAACACUAGCACAAUGCCUUUUUUGGAACACCUAACAGCAUCCAGAACAUUAAAACACAAAGAAACAUGUCGGGAGGGUUUGCAAGCACGGUCCAAUUAGGAAUGAUCACUGAUAUCAAGGAACAAUUUGUAACUUAGAGAAAAGCUACACUAAAAUGAACCGUCAAAAUCAGUUUUUAUUCAUUUACAAAUGAUUAACAUAUAAUUACACAUCCACUUCAAGCCUAUGUUGAUUCUGAUGGUGUGUAGUCUCAUUUAAUGAGUCUUAGAAAUAACUGAGCUUUCUUUUCCACAAAUGGAGACAUUCAGUGUUUUAAUAAUGCAGCAUAUUCUGUGCUGGGGUGAAGUGAAAACCUGCCCCAGUUCCAGUGUCUUCUUCCUUUGCUGCACAGACAAUAACGCAACACUUAACCCACAACAGAGCAUCACACACAGCUGUUGACCUCAUUCCACUCAUACAGCAAGGGUACGAGCCUGUAUACUUGAACAGAGCAUUAAGACAACCUACAGGAUGCCAAAAGUUACUGCAUAUCAUCUAAAAAUAUCAUGCCAUCCAUAUAACACUGGGAGUAUGCGAUUUUUUUACAUUUUAAACUUCACAAAACUCACUGUCCAGAAUCAGUCACGCAGGUCAGUUAUGCUCUGAUUUGAACUGUGUCAAUAAUCGAGGUAUGCUAUUACCACAAGCUUCUGCAUGCACAAAUCAGCCAGUAAGGCUCAAGCUCAAUGCUUUGGCAAAAACAGGCUUAUACUGUAAAGGUACAUGCAAAAAAAGCACAGGGCUUAACACUAUUAAAUUCAUCAUAUGUUUUGGCAAACUUGGAAGAUGCCACUUUAUAUCCUUUUAAAGAAGCUUCUUAAUCUAAUCAUAAUGUAGAGUGUUUAAAGAAAUAGAUCUACACUUAUUUGCUUUCUUUCUGGGGGUGAGAUGAGAAGAUUGCUACCGCUAAUGCUAGCAAGCUGAUCUGCUAGCAUGAUUAGCGCCAGCUGACUAGUACCGGCCAUAAACAAUAUUAAUAACCGUGUUGGGCAAGUUCAAAAAUGUAAUCAAUUGCUCAUCACAGAGUAAUCUUUGAAAAAGCAAAAAAAAAAAA